GUGAGAAACAACCUCUAGGGAUUCUAAAUGGCCAAAGGGACAGUGCUGGCUUCAGGCUCAGGAGAGAGAAUGGCAGACAAGGGGGGAGGAGGCUGGGUGCUUGGUUCCUCUCAGCUUAGCAGUGGAGCUUCCGCAAACCGAGGGGGAGGUGUAGUCAGGGAGAGGCUGGGUAGGGCUCUGAGUUUAGUCUUCCCAAAGUGACCUGACUGGAUAGAGUGGGCCAGAGGUUGAAAGCUGCCCUGGAGGCUGUGGGUGGGAGUUCUGCCUGAGCUGAGGGGUCAUUUAAGCAAGGACCAUGCCAUGGAUUAGCGAACAGAAAGGAGAGAAACUUGUACCAAGAAUGACGAGGCCCCAACUGUCCACCAGGAGGGUAAUGCUCAGGGUCCUGCUGACAUUACAACCACACAUUCCAAAGACUGUAUUCUCCCCCCUCUCCCAGAACUGUACCAGGAACCAGAGCUGGUAUCAGCAGUUCAGUGAAGACCAACACAGCUUACUCAGAAGAGCAGGUCCUUACCCCAUCCAUACCUUAGGCCUGCUCUCACUGUAAUGGGUGCUGGAUGCUAGCAAAGUCCUGACUUCAUCUCAGUCCAGAAAGGACCCCAAAGACAUGAUAUACCUGUUACAAAAUGGCUGUCAAUAAAUUUUGCUAGGGAGGAAAAUGAAAACUGGCCUAAAGGUCCAAGCAUCAGCUAGAAAGGACAGAAGAGCCGUAAGCAAGGGAAGGGCAGCAGAGAUAAGCUCCUGGGAUCCAAAGGGAGGGCUGUGGAGGCUGGGAGGGAAGAACAAACAGGUCAGGAGGGAAUGCUCUGGGUUGGGAGUGUCUGGCCGACCCAGUGAAGGGCCACUGAGGGCUGGGCUGAACACAGACCUGGGAGUGAACCCGUGGAAGCUGUCUGAAGCCAUGUGGACAGACACAGUCCCCUAAGGAAAGAGAUCUUGGAUUCACAGAUGAGCAUGGCCGCCACUGCUGCUGUCAGUCCCAGUGACUACCUGCAGCCUGCUGCCGCUGCUACCCAGGACUCCCAACCGUCUCCCUUGGCUCUGCUUGCUGCAACAUGUAGCAAAAUUGGCCCCCCAGCUGUUGAAGCUGCAGUGACACCUCCUGCUCCCCCCCAACCUACCCCAAGGAAACUGGUCCCUAUCAAACCUGCCCCUCUCCCUCUCAGUCCCUGCAAGAAUAGCUUUAGCAUCUUGUCAUCUAAAGGAAAUAUACUUCAGAUUCAGGGCUCCCAGCUGAGCGCCUCCUACCCUGGAGGGCAGUUUGUGUUUGCGAUCCAGAACCCCACUCUGAUCAACAAAGGGAGCCGAUCAAAUGCAAGUAUCCAGUACCAAGUCCCUCAGAUUCAAGGGAACAGUUCCCAGACCAUCCAGGUGCAGCCCAAUCUCGCCAACCAGAUCCAGAUCAUCCCAGGCACCAACCAAGCCAUCAUCACCCCGUCAACAUCCGGUCAUAAGCCUGUCCCCAUCAAGCCAGCUCCUGUCCAGAAGUCAAAUACGACCACCACCCCUGUGCAGAGCGGGGCCAGCGUGGUGAAACUGACAGGUGGGGGUGGCAACAUGACGCUCACCCUGCCACUCAACAACCUGGUGAACACCAGCGAUAUUGGGGCCCCUGCUCAGCUCCUCACUGAGAGCCCCCCGACCCCACUGUCUAAGACUAACAAAAAAGCUAGGAAGAAGAGCCUUCCUGUGUCACAACCCUCAGUAGCUGUGGCUGAACAGGUGGAGACGGUGCUGAUCGAGACCACAGCAGAGAACAUCAUCCAGGCAGGAAACAACCUGCUGAUCGUCCAGAGCCCUGGUGGGGGCCAGCCCGCUGUGGUCCAGCAAGUCCAGGUGGUGCCACCCAAGGCCGAGCAGCAGCAGGUGGUCCAGAUCCCCCAGCAGGCACUGCGGGUGGUGCAGGCUGCCUCUGCCACCCUCCCCACCGUUCCCCAGAAGCCCUCCCAGAACUUUCAGAUCCAGACAACUGAACCAACACCAACCCAGGUCUAUAUCCGUACACCUUCUGGUGAGGUACAGACGGUCCUUGUCCAGGACAGCCCCCCAGCCACAGCUGCAACCACGUCAACCGUCUCCUGUAGCAGCCCGGCGCUCCGAGCUCCCCAUCUGAGUGGCACCAGCAAAAAACAUUCGGCUGCAAUUCUCCGAAAAGAGCGACCCCUGCCAAAGAUUGCACCUGCUGGAAGCAUCAUCAGCCUGAACGCUGCACAGCUGGCAGCAGCUGCUCAGGCCAUGCAGACCAUCAACAUCAAUGGUGUCCAAGUCCAGGGUGUGCCUGUCACCAUCACCAACACUGGCGGACAGCAACAGCUGACAGUGCAGAAUGUUUCUGGAAACAACCUGACCAUCAGUGGGCUGAGCCCCACCCAGAUCCAGCUGCAGAUGGAGCAGGCCCUGGCCGGAGAGGCUCAGCCUGGGGAGAAACGGCGGCGCAUGGCCUGCACAUGUCCCAACUGCAAGGAUGGGGAGAAGAGGUCUGGGGAGCAGGGCAAGAAGAAGCAUGUGUGCCACAUCCCAGACUGUGGAAAGACUUUCCGGAAGACGUCCUUGCUUCGGGCCCAUGUCCGCCUGCACACUGGCGAGCGACCCUUUGUCUGCAACUGGUUCUUCUGUGGAAAGAGGUUCACACGGAGUGACGAACUCCAGCGGCAUGCUCGUACACACACAGGGGACAAGCGCUUUGAGUGUGCCCAAUGUCAGAAGCGCUUCAUGAGGAGUGACCACCUCACCAAGCAUUACAAGACCCACCUAGGCACGAAGGGCUUGUAAGGCCAACUGAGGCAGGAGGCCCUGAAGAUGGAAACCAUCCCCCCAUCUGAUUGGCCCUGGGUCCGUGAUGGACAGGUGCCACAAUUGCCCUGGGCAGCCCUCACCCCACUCCUGUUCUGUGGCUGUGUCCCCACAGGGAGGGACUCUAUUCCUGUGUUCUUCUCCUUCCAAAGGCUCUGCCCUUCUUACCAUGAGCUCCUGGCCUACCCAGGCUAUGGACACAGGCCAUGCCCAAUGAGACGUUCUAAACCAGGACGCGUGGGGACCCUUAUUUCCAAAGGAAAAACAUACAUUUCACUCCGUCGAGGAGCAAAGUGAGCCCCCUAUCCCCACCCCACCCCCUUCCUCAACACUGCCGAGUCCCAUUGUGCCAUGCCCCCUCCCCCCCCACUGUGCCUCCUUGUCCCCCUCAAUUAACUCCUCCCGGGCUGCUAGGGACACCCCGGGGCCCUGUACCCGGCCUCCCACUGACACCCACCUCUGUGGAGGUGGGAGGCUGCCUCCACUCCACUGCCCAGCCCCGCCACGGCUCUCCUCCAGACAUUCCAACUUCCUAUGAAAGGUCAGAUGCCGAGGACCCCACCCCUCUUUUCUACGGAGAACGUUGCCUUAUACUCAACUUCAGAUGAUGAACACUGUGUACGUGUGCUUUAAAGACAUUUUAUCUCAUUGCUCCUUCCCUCUUUGCUAGUCGCCUCCCCGCCUGCGUUCAGCUUAGGGAUGGGGGCAAUGCUGAGCAUAGGAGGGUCUCUCUUUCUCUCUCUCUCUGUCUCUCUCUCUCUCUGGUAUUUUUUUCUCACUUUAACAAUUCUUUUCUAAAUGACACAUUUCAACUCAAAUCUGGACUCACAUGAAAACACCUCCCAUCCUGACCCCGUCCAUGCCUUCAUCACCCUACCUGCCCAAGCUCCAUUGUGUACAGUGUAUAUUGUAUAAUAGACAAUUGUGUCUACGACAUGUUUUAAAAAAACAUAUUGCUUGUUAUUUUUGAGGCUUUUAAAUUAAACAGAAAUCCAACUUUAUUUUUUGUUGUAACUGCUUGAGGAUGUUUUAUUAAUUAAGUGAAGGUUUGUUAUCCUUUAUUAACGAUGUAUUUUGUUGGUCAGUACUGGGCUGACAAAAGGUUUCUUGCUAAUAAAUUUAGUUGCCCGAGGCAAA